UUACUUAUCGUAGUUCUCGCCGUUUCGUUGUGGUAAUAAACUGAGUUAUAGUAAAGACGAAACUCGUACGUGUUGUUUACUUGGUCACAUUUUGGCGUCGCGAGCAGGAUACAGAAGUUGUAAAAAGACCAGUAAGUAGACGAAAAAAAAAAACGGCGAGAUCAGUUGGCAGUCAAGACUCUCUAAUUUCAAGAAUGGCAGAGGUUCAGGAACUGAAAAGUCUCGUAGAAAAACUACAAACCGAACUAGGAAAUUUGAGCAAAAACAAARACGAAGAACAAGUCACUAAACAGUUCGUGGUAUAUAAGCAAGAACGGAGAUUGAAGAAAUUUAGUGGUAAGUCAUACAACGAUGGAAACUAUUACCAGAAAGUUGAGGAAUUUUUAUCUGAAGUCAACGCAAUAUUUGAAGCAAGGAAAAUGACAGCGGGAGAGCAGGUUGAAUUCAUCGUUUCGCACUUGGACGGACCAGCCCGUGAAGAAAUUCGCCUUCAUCCCAGAGAAGAUCAGAAUAAUCCUAARAAAUUGACAGAAAUAUUAAAGAAGGAAUUUGGAGAAAAGCAUUCUCUGCCAGAACUAUUCAAAAUGUUCUACAACCGAAAACAGAAAGAUCAAGAAAGCCUCAGAGAAUACUCACAUGCCCUGGCAGCUUUGUUUGAAAGAAUCAGACAAAAAUCUCCAGCCGACAGCCUGACUGAUGCGACUCUCCGUGAUCAAUUCGUCGAUAAUGUUAAAGACUCUCUCCUCAGAAAAGAGCUCAAAAAGCUGAUAAGAGGUAAUUCACACAUUUCUUUUCUGGAAAUCCGCGAAGAAGCUUUAAAAUGGUCAGAGGAAGAAGUCACGCAAACAGCUAGCCGUCAAUGCAAAGUGCAAGAACUCCGUACCAAUCUCUACUCCGACAAUGACGUCAAAUCGUGUGAAGUUAUUUCCGCUUCCGGUUCAGGAUUUAAAGAGCUUAAAGAAACCAUAUCUCGUCAGCAAAAAAUGAUUGAAGACCUGGUAAAGACCGUGCAAACUCUUAAAGAACAGAAGAGAACACCCUUCAGAGCCUGGGAUAAGAGAAAACCCUUCAAAAAUAUUGAGUGUUUCAACUGCAGAGAACUAGGUCAUAUUGCCAAAAAUUGCCCCAACAAGUCGCAAGAACAAGAAAGAUCUUCAAAACCACAGCAAGAGCAAAACAAGUCAAGUGGUUCGUCAAACACAAGCCCCCCACAGCAUUGAGUCGAGCCGUGGGAGGGGAUGUCAAAGACUCUUUUUCUGAUAGUUUAGACUUUGAUAAUUCAGAUGACGUAUUUGAAAGGACUGUAGGGAAUUGCCCUACUGCCGUUGUCAUUAUGAAUAACGUUAAAGU